AUGGCUUGCGUCUCUAAUCUUGCAUCUGCCCUUUGUUUCCCUGGUGCUCCAGACGCUAUAACCUCUGACCCCGCCUGUACCCCGGCCCUCGCCCUUUUGGCGGUGGUUUUCGGCACCCUCAAGACCGUGGCCGGUUUUCGAAAGGCGCGGGAGGGUCUCCGCCUCCAAGAGGGAGGAUCCUCCCAGAAUAAGGGGGUGGCGGGGCAUGAGGAAGGGGGGGAAAUGGAAGAGAGAAAAGGAGGGCCGGGAGAAGACAGGGAUCUUGCAUCUCUUGUGGCGCAGCUAACGUUUCGCAUCGCCCUGUUGAAUUUAAUUGACGUGUUGCACUCUUUCCAUCCGUCCCAAGGAGCAAAGGCAGGCCAUGUGAUGCGAGACGCCCUCCAGGAAGCGAUCGAUGCGCUUGGGACCAUAAAAGAGGGGGGGAAGGAAACCGUGGAGGAGGAGAAAGUGGAGGCCAGUGGCGAGAGCGGAUCUGUUGCGUUCGCGUUCGACCGAGGGAUAACCCGCGCGCUGAAAGGCAAUGCCCCCCGGCGCGUCAUUCACAUUCCUUCCUUGUCUCAGGCUUUCCUGGUCUACCGAACCCUCCUUGAUGACCUGGGGAAAACCCUGGCCGCCUUUGCUUUCGACGUCAAUUUUGAGGUGGAGAAGGAAGCGACGGGGACGGAAAGGGCUUUCUCUCUACAACGGCUCCGUAUGUUUCUGGACGCUUUUGCUGCUGCUUCCCCGGGCAUUAUUGCACGUUCCUUCCUUCAUCAGCAUUUGGUGAAAGAAGAUGAGGAUCUUCUCCUCGGUCGCUUUCCUUUCUCCCUCGCCCUGGCCGAGCAUAUGCAAGGUGUCGGUCUUCCUGUCAGCGUCGUCUGCUCUCCCCAGAGCCAAGCGUUUCUCCUCACAGCCGCCAAGACUCUCGCGGAGGCAUUACGCAAUCUUUGUCACAAUAAAGCUCGUCAACGGACGCGUCUGGAGGUGCUUUUUCAGGAUUUGGGUGUCUUGGAGGAGCAGGCAGAAAUCUCGGACGCCGACUUCCGCGCCGCGCACCAGCGUCCGGUGAGGGGUCCUAGGAGGAGGGACGACGAUGCAAAAUGGGGAAGGGGUGGGAGGGGUGGGAGGGGGGUUGGUAUGGGGACAGGAGGAAAAGGCCUCCAGAUUUUGACGAGCUUAGAAAAUCAGAGAAUAGAAUUGGAAAAGCUCCGGCGGCAGGCGACUGCUGCUGCUUCCAGCGACAAGGAGAAGCAAGGAAAAAAAGAAUCUAAGUCGGGAACCGGGACCGGCAAAGGGCGCGGGGGUGGCGGAAAGAAGAAGCAGAAGAACAAGGGAGCUAAGGGGACGGGGGAGAAUAAGGGGGAGGAGGAAGCGGUGGAGGGAGGGCCAACGAUCAGGCCAGACGAUGACGCUUUGGCGGAGACGCAGAUCGCUCUCUCUAUACACCGUCUGCUGGCUCGUGGUGGCCACUUGGCUCUGACGGGCCUUGGGCGGGCACGGGGGUCCUGGCCAAUAGAGAUACCGCGCGCCCGGGCGGCAAUCCGGUUCCAUCAUCGUUUCAAAGCCUUUGCUCCACUGCGCUACCCGGCACUGAUGACCUACGACGAUUUCCAGGCAGUGCAUGACAAACGCAGGGAAGAGGGGGACGAAGAGGGCGCGUCUCUAACGAACGCGAAGGAGUGCUUUAAGGCAGUUAAGACCCUGGUAGAGCAUGGCGUGCGCAUCAAGAGUCAUUUACAAGACGAGGAAGGGAAGGUCAAUUUGAAAAAUCUGGCACGUGCAGCCAUAUCCAACAGCGUGGCAUUGGUGCAGGCGGAAGCCUCUUUGAGAGAAGGAGGGGAGAAAGGUGGUAACAGAAUUGGAAAAGAAGAUUCCAGGAACGGACUGAAGAAAGAGGAAAUAAGAGGAGCAGGAGUGGAAGGGAAGGAAAUCGAGAGGCCAAGAAAGCACGCAGAAGUGACUUUGUCUUUUGUUGCCCAUCCUCAGGUGCCGGUCUUGGUUGUGAAGGUGAUGGAGUAAACUGUUAUGUUGUGAAGGUAAUGCAACUACCAUUGGAUUGUAAAGGUGAACUAAUAAAGUGUAAUCCUCGGGCGCCGGUCUUGGUUGUGAAGGUGGUGAUAUAAACGUCACUUAAGACGCAGGCUUUGUGCGUUUGUCUCAAUACAAGGUCACAGGAAGAUCAUCGUGUACAUUGUAGAAAUACCCCGAAAGUGUUUUUGUAAAUUGUACACAUGAAAUCAGGACAUAGGAGGGGAAAAUAAAGUUUGGUGUCGUCAACUUUA